AUGGCCACCCAAGUCCUACUUCCUUCCCUCCAGUUUUUGCUAGCGGCUUUCAAGUUGACCAUUUUCCUCUCUUUGCUUUUCCCGCCUUGUAUGCCUCUCAAGUUUGAAACUGAGGCCCUCCUUGAUUUCAAAGGGCUGCUCAAAGACCCUUUGAGCUUUCUUGAUUCCUGGAAUGAGACAGCGGAGUCGCCUUGCGGUUUCUUUGGAGUUACUUGCGAAUCGGGGAGAGUCAAUGGAAUUUCUCUUGACAACAAGAACCUCUCUGGUGAGAUUUCACCCUCCGUUGGUGUGCUGGACAGCCUCACCACGCUUUCGCUGCCUUUGAACAACAUUACAGGAAGGCUUCCGGCGCAACUCACUCGUUGUGGCAACCUUAGAGUAUUAAAUCUCACCGGCAAUAAAAUGAUGGGAAGAAUCCCAGAUCUUUCUGCACUUGCAAACUUGAAAAUUCUUGAUCUUUCAGCAAACUCCUUCUCCGCGACGUUUCCAUCUUGGGUGGCGAAUCUGACAGGGUUGGUUUCUCUGGGCCUUGGGGAAAAUGACUUUGAUGAAGGUGAGAUUCCUGAGGGGCUUGGAAACUUGAAGAACUUGACUUGGCUGUAUCUGGUGGCUUCCCAGUUGAGAGGAGAGAUUCCGGAAUCUGUUUAUGAAAUGAAGGCAUUGCGGACGUUGGGUAUGUCAAAAAACAAGCUCUCUGGGAAGCUCUCUAAGUCAAUUUCCAAGCUACAAAAUCUACAUAAGAUUGAACUUUUUAAUAAUAAUUUGACUGGAGAAAUCCCACCGGAGCUUGCUAAUCUCGCCCUUCUGCGCGAAUUCGAUAUCUCUUCAAACAAAUUUUAUGGGAAACUGCCUUCGGUGAUAGGAAAUCUGAAGAAUUUAGUGGUUUUUCAGUUAUACGGAAACAAUUUCUCUGGGGAAUUUCCAGCUGGGUUUGGAGAUAUGGAACACCUUUCUGCAGUCUCAAUUUAUGGAAACAGAUUUUCUGGGGAAUUUCCCACAAAUUUUGGCAGAUUCUCACCUUUGGCAAGCAUUGACAUAUCCGAAAAUCUGUUUUCAGGUGGUUUCCCAAAGUUUCUUUGUGAACAAGGCAAGUUACAAUUUUUGCUUGCUUUGGACAACAAUUUUUCUGGGGAGCUGCCAGAUUCUUAUGCUCACUGUAAAUCUCUAGAGAGAUUCAGAGUCAAUCAGAAUCGUUUGUCUGGGAAAAUUCCAACUGAGGUUUGGUCACUUCCGAACGCGAAAAUUAUCGAUUUUAGUGAUAACGACUUUAGCGGAGGGGUAUCCCCCAGCAUUGGGUUUUCAACCAGCUUGAAUCAGUUGAUAUUGCAGAACAAUAGAUUCUCAGGUAAUCUUCCACUGGAACUUGGGAAGCUGUCUACCUUGGAGAGGCUCUAUUUGAGUAAUAACAACUUCUCUGGUGACAUACCUUCUGAAAUUGGUGCGCUAAAGCAGCUGUCAUCAUUGCAUCUUGAACAAAAUUCUUUGACAGGACCAAUACCAUCAGAACUGGGAAAUUGUGUUAGGUUGGUGGACAUGAAUCUUGCUUGGAAUUCUUUAACUGGUAAUAUCCCCAGUACAUUUUCACUGAUAAGCUCUUUGAACUCUCUAAAUCUCUCGGAAAAUAAACUCACAGGUUCGAUUCCAGAAAAUUUGGUGAAAUUGAAGCUAAGUUCUAUAGAUUUGUCAGGCAAUCAGUUAUCUGGAAGAGUACCGUCUGAUCUUCUGACCAUGGGAGGAGACAAAGCCUUCAAUGGAAACAAGGGACUCUGCGUAGACCAAUAUUCCAGAAGCCGUACGAAUUCUGGGAUGAAUAUUUGCACUAAGAAGCCUAGUCAGAAAAAGGUGCUUGAAAAUAAACUGGUUUUAUUCUCUAUUAUAGCAUCUGCAUUGGUUGCUAUUUUAGCUGGAUUGCUGCUGGUCAGUUACAAGAACUUCAAGCUUGGUGAGGCUGACAGAGAAAAUGAUUUGGAAGGGGGGAAGGAAAUAGAUCCCAAAUGGAAACUUGCAUCUUUUCACCAAUUGGAAAUAGAUGCAGAUGAAAUAUGUGAUCUGGAAGAAGAAAAUUUGAUUGGGAGUGGCAGUACAGGGAGAGUGUAUCGCAUAGAUUUGAAGAAAGGUGGUGGUACAGUAGCUGUAAAGCAACUGUGGAAAGCAGAUGGCAUGAAGCUUUUGACUGCAGAGAUGGACAUUUUGGGAAAGAUCAGGCACAGAAAUAUAUUGAAGCUUUAUGCUUGUUUAGUGAAGGGAGGAUCUAGUCUUCUGGUGUUUGAGUACAUGCCAAAUGGUAAUUUGUUUGAAGCUCUUCACAGACAGAUUAAAGGUGCGCAGCCAGAAUUGGAUUGGUACCAGAGGUAUAAGAUUGCUUUGGGAGCAGCUAGGGGGAUUUCUUAUCUGCACCAUGAUUGUUCACCACCUAUAAUUCAUAGAGAUAUAAAAUCAACCAAUAUUCUGCUCGAUAAUGAUCAUGAGCCGAAAGUUGCUGAUUUUGGGGUUGCAAAGAUUGCAGAGAACUCUCAGAAGGGUUCUGAUUACAGCUCCUUGGCUGGCACGCAUGGGUAUAUUGCUCCUGAGCUGGCAUAUACUCCUAAAGUCACCGAAAAAUGCGAUGUAUAUAGCUUCGGUGUUGUGCUGCUGGAGCUAGUAACUGGUAGGAGACCGAUCGAAGAGGACUACGGGGAAGGAAAAGAUAUUGUUUACUGGGUUUCGACUAACCUCAGUGACCGUGAAAAUGUUGUUAAAAUUCUAGAUGAUAAAGUGGCAAAUGAAUCUGUCCAGGAUGACAUGAUCAAGGUCUUGAAGGUUGCUGUUCUUUGUACUACCAAGCUACCAUCCUUGCGCCCUACGAUGCGGGACGUUAUCAAGAUGCUUACUGAUGCUGAUCCCAGCACUUUCAGGUCUCCAAAGAGCAACUCUGACAAAAAUGGGAAGGAUUUCACCAGUCAUGAGUCACUUAUUUAG